GAGCGGGCUUGGCAGCAUCUCGCAGGCGGAGCGGCCGAGCUCAGGCAUUGCGAGCCCCUCCCUCCAGCCCCUCUGGUCCCUCCGGCCGGGUCACCUCCCGGAGCCCGGCCGCCUGGCGCCCUGGACGCCAUGAAGCAGCUCUGCCUGUGCGCCGCCGCCUCCUUCGCGGUAGGGCCGGGGGAGGGGGCGCGGGAGCAGGCUGGCGGGCGGGCGCGGGUCCUUCCUCCCCUCCCCGCCCCCUGACCACGCAGUGUCUAGACCCACUACCCCCAGACCCGCGAAGGAUGAACUGGGAGGAAGGAGGGGGCGGGAGAGAGAUUGAGGGGAUGGAUGGGGCAUUGGGGAGACAGUUUGAAAACAGAUGGGGACACUUAGGGGGAUUUAGAGGGCAUUUAAGGGGACAGUUUUGAGGAACAGUUUUGGAUGGGAUCAUUUUGGGGGAAAGAUACUGACAUUUGGAGAACAAUUUUGGAGGACAUUUGAAAGAUUUAUGGGGAGGACACUUUGGGGACAGAUGAUGGGGUCAUUGAGGGGAUGAUUUUGGAGAACAUGCCAGGAAUUUGGGGAAGACAUUAUGGACUGUAUUUCAGAUCUUGGGACAUUUGAGGGACAGUUGUGGCAUCUCAGAGCAGUUGAAGAGGGAUUGAUGGCAGAGGGUGGUGCUGAGGGACAUUUAAAGGAACCCUUUGGGGUGUUUCUCUGGGAAGACCAUGGGGGGUAGUUCAGAGAGACAUAGGAUGAAGUAAUAUUGGAAAGAUCACUUUUACUAAGGGGGAAGCUGGGGGCCUAGUUUCGGGGGACAGCUUUUUGGAAAAAUGCUGGCUGCCCAUCUGGGGAUAGUUUAAUGCUGGCAGUGAGGGUGUUGGAUGACAGCUGGGGCGACGGGCCUGGGGGCAUUUGCUGGGGACACAGGCUUGGGGAACGUUGUCUCAGGCCCCCACCCAGGACCACUUCCCCUGGCAGCUGCGGCUCAGCCCCAAUGACCUCGGCUCCUGCCCACCCUGCGGCCCUUGUCCCAUCCCGAAGCCGGCAGCCAGAGGCAGGCGCCAGGCAAGUGCCCAGGGCCUGCGAUGAGAGCCCGGAGCCCCUGCCUGGGUAGCGGGGAGGAGCAGUGGCCACCAGCCCCACAUUGCUCUGGAUGUGCCCAGCAGAGCCAGGACUGGGGCAAAAGUGACGAGCGGCUGCUACAGGCGGUGGAGAACAACGACGCUGCUCGGGUGGCUGCCCUCAUUGCCCGCAAAGGGCUGGUGCCCACGAAGCUGGACCCUGAGGGCAAGUCCGCAUUCCACCUGGCGGCCAUGAGGGGUGCAGCCAGCUGUCUAGAGGUGAUGCUAGCACACGGCGCUAACGUCAUGAGCACAGAUGGGGCAGGUUACAACGCCCUCCACCUGGCUGCCAAGUAUGGGCACCCACAGUGCUUGAAGCAACUACUACAGGCAUCCUGCGUGGUGGACACUGUGGACAGUAGUGGGUGGACGGCCUUGCAUCAUGCAGCGGCUGGUGGCUGCAUCUCCUGCUCAGAAAUGCUCUGCUCCUUCAAGGCACAUCUGAAUCCCCGAGAUCGGUUGGGUACAACACCCCUUAUCAUAGCAGCUCAGAUGUGUCACACAGAUCUGUGCCGCCUCCUCCUGCAGCAAGGGGCUGCUGCAAAUGACCAGGACCUGCAGGGCAGGACGGCCCUGAUGCUGGCCUGUGAGGGAGCCAGCCCCGAAACAGUGGAGGUGCUGCUGCAGGGUGGGGCCCAGCCGGGCAUCACUGAUGCGCUGGGCCAGGAUGCCACUCACUACGGCGCCCUGGCAGGGGACAAACUCAUCCUGCACCUCCUGCAGGAGGCAGCCCAGCGCCCCUCACCACCCAGCGAGGAUGAUUCAGGCGAGGCAUCAUCUCAGAACUCUGUGUCCAGCCAUGAAAAGCAAGGGGUCCCCAAGAAGCGGAAGGCACCUCAGCCCCCUGCCAGUAUCCCUAUGCCGGUGAGAGAUGCCCUGGCCAUGUGGGCAGCAAGUGGGGCCCCCCAGGCCAGACGGGGAGAAAGCUCUGGCUCAGGUAUGGGUGGGUACAGGCCUUGGGCCUCAUGUAAAGGUGGUGGGUGGGGGGACAGGAUGAUCAAGAUGCCUAUGAGGAGAUCGUGCGGCUGCGACAGGAGAGGGGCCGCCUUCUGCAGAAGAUCCGGGGCCUGGAACAGCACCAGGAACAGAGGAAGCAGGAGCUGCCAGAGGCGGAGGCCAGCUCCCUCCACAGCCUGGAGAGACAGGUGCAAGAGCUACAGCAGCUGCUGGUGGAGAAGCAGGAGGAGAAGGAGAGUCUGGGACGGGAAGUGGAAAGUUUGCAGAGUAGGCUCUCCCUGCUGGAGAAUGAACGGGAGAACACCAGCUAUGACGUGGCCACCCUGCAGGAUGAGGAGGGUGAGCUGCCUGACUUCGCAGAUCCUGGAGCACUUCGAGAGGGACGAGAUGGAGGCAAACGGUUUGGCCGAGGUCAUCCCUCUAGCACUCUACGACUCUCUCCGGGCUGAGUUUGACCAGCUCCGCAGGCAGCACGCCAAGGCCCUGCAGGCUCUGGAGCAGCAGGAAGCAUGGGAGGCCCCCAGAGAAGAGGAGGCAGCCCCUGGGGACAGCAAGGGCCUGGGAGCCAAGACCACCAGAAACGGGCCAAUGGAAACAGAGCUUAACAGCAGUGCAGCUCCGGAAACCAGAAUUAACGGGGCAGAGGCCACAGAUGAGGAGGCUGCAGGAGUGGAGACCACGGGAGCAGGGGCCCUGGAAACAAAACCCACUGGCGUGGAGGCCACAGAAACAGAUGGUGUGGGCGCUGAGACCUUGGAAGCAAAGGCCACAGGGGCUGAGGUCACAGAAACAAAAUCUCUAGAAGGAAACCCGGAGCCAAAGGCCACAGGAGCAGAGGCCACAAACAUGAAAGCAGAGGAACCAGAAAGGAAGGCCAGUGGAGUGGAUGCUGUGGGGGGAGAGCUCACGGACACAGAGACCACAAAAACGGAAGCCAUGGGAGUGGAGGCCACUGCCCUAAGGGUCUCUGCAGGCCCCGUCCUACACCCUGGUGCUGCUGAGGCCUCGGAGAAGUUGCAGGCAGAACUGGAAACCAGGAUCCGCAGCUUGGAGGAAGCGCUCCGGCAGCGGGAGCGGGAGGCAGCUGCGGAGCUGGAGGCAGCCCACGGCAAGUGUGAGGCCGCAGAGGCUGAGGCAGGCCGGCUUCGGAAGCGGGUGCGUGAGGCUGAGGGUGGCGGCGUCAGCGGAGGUGACAUGGGCCAGCUUCGGGCAGCACUGGAGCAGGCCCGGGAGGACCUCCGAGAUCGGGACAGCCGCCUCCGGGAGCUGGAGGCGGCCUCGGCCCGGCUGGAUGAAGCUCGGGCCGGCCGACUGUUGGCAGAGGAAGAGGCCCGGGGUCUGCGGGCAGAGCUGGCCCGGCGAGAGGAGGCGCGGCUGGAGCUGAGUCGGGAGCUGGAGGCGCUCCGAGAGCAGCUGGCUGCAGCCACGACCGCCAGGGAGCAGCAGCGGGCCGCGGCUGCCGAGCUAGGCCAGGCGCGGGAUGCAGCGGAGGCCCGGGCCGCUGAGCUGGCCGCGGCCUGCGAGGAGGCUCGGCGGGGCCUGGCGGAGCUGCGCGAGGCCUCCGAGAUGCUCCGCCAGUCAGCGGUGCCAGCCUCUGAUCACCUCCGGCUGCAGGAGGAGGCCCUGGAGCUGCGGGGCCGGGCGGCCAGCCUGGAGCAGGAGGUGGUGGCCACGGGCAAGGAGGCCGCGCGGCUGCGAGCCGAGCUGGAGCGCGAGCGCAUGGGCAGUGUGGCCCGCCUGGAGCACGAGCGCAUUGUCGGUGUGCUGCAGGCCGAUGUGGCCCGCCUGGAGGGGCAGCUGCAGGAGCUAGGACGCCGCCAUGAGAAGACCAGCGCUGAGGUCUUCCAGGUGCAGCGGGAGGCGCUGUUCAUGAAGAGUGAACGGCAUGCGGCCGAGGCCCAGCUGGCCACCGCAGAGCAGCAGUUGCGGGGGCUACGUACUGAGGCCGAGCGGGCACGCCAGGCCCAGAGCCGUGCAAAGGAGGCCCUGGAGAGGGCCAAGGAGAAGGACAAGAAGAUCACAGAACUCUCCAAGGAAGUCUUCAGUCUUAAGGAGGCACUGAAGGAGCAGCCAGGAGCCGCAGAUGCCUCGGAGGUGGAAGCCCUCCGCGGCCAGGUGAAGACUCUGCAGGAGCAGCUGGAGGAGGCCGCCAGGGAUCACAGUGCAGUGGUGGCCUUGUACAGGAGCCACCUCCUCUACGCCAUUCAGGGUCAGAUGGAUGAAGAUGUGCAGCAGAUUCUGAGCCAGAUCCUGCAGAUGCAAAGACUCCAGGCCCAGGGCCGCUGAGAUCUGAGCCCUGCCCUCCACCCGCCAGGCCCCGCACAGGAGUGUCCAGACUCCCUCACUGACCAUCCCCUCACUACCUCCCUGGCCCCACUGGUCCCUGAACACACUGGUCAGUCUAGACCCGGGCCCUGACUGAGCCCUCCUCCCCCACACCAGAGAAUCUAUGAGUCCUCUCUCCCAUGGCCAGUCCAUGAGGUCCCCCUCCCCAGGAAUAAAAGCUUCCGGAGCAGAGGA